GUUAUCGUCUCUCUGUAUGUUUUUUACGCUGUGGUAUAUUAUAUGGGUACCGAAAUUGGGCAAGCACAAUCGUACUAUAGACCUAUCAUUCUAUCAAGCAUAUCAGUAUUGCGACGUCAAUCAUCUAAAGUGCUUGAGUGGCAAGUUCUAAAAAAUUAAUAAAUUUAAAUAUGGGAUCCAUGACGAUAAUGUUGAGCAUAUUCGCUGUUUUCUUCAUCAUCAGCUAUACUGAGGCUGUGGGCAACUGUCCCCUGGCUUCGAAGGUGCACGGGUGUACUCCUAAAUGCCAGCAGACCUUCAACUGCAGUCACGGCAAGCAGUGCUGUCCCAACGCCUGCCACACCAAGUCCUGUGUCGAUGUCGCCGCUUACACCGGCGAGCAUAAGCAUCAGACCGGUGGCGCAGGAGUAUACUGCGCUAACGAAAAGUGCAGUCCAUUCGAGGUGUGCAAGCUCGAUCCCGCCACCGAGAGAUUGGCGUGCACCCGAGCUUAGACAUUAUCUAACUACAAGUCUUAACUACUAUAAUAUAGUACCCGGCAAAUAACUUGGACCUGAAGCAGCGGAGUUGGAGAAAGUUGGCGAAUCCGGGAAGCGAAAGUCGACGUAUCAACUAAUCGCGUGGACUCGCGGCGACUAAUCAACCAAUCGCGUGCGCCCGCCAUUUGCCAGCCAAUCACGUCAAUGCCCAAGUUGUUUGCCGGGCACUAUAUCAGUCCUUAUUUACAGUUCUCGUCACUUAAGUUGAAAAUUGUCUGAGGAGCUGUGCUCGAAAACGCUACGCGAACAAAACGGGGUAAUUGCACGAAAUAAAUUUUUGAGGAGCAAAAAAGUGAAUGAAAGCUGUUAAAACUUUACCGGGAUUGCAUCGUUUUGAUCGAAAAUCACGAACUUAGAACAAUUUCAAGCUGUUUUGCUUGGAUAUGAGUUCAGAUUUGUUCGUAUCCAGUGGGCGAAAACGCCCGGAUUUAACAAAAAAAGAUCAGGAUUGUAAUCACACCGUUUUGUUCGGCAGCUCCUCAAAAAUGAAGUGUAAUUGUAGCACUAUGUUCACCGGCUCCUCAGUUUUUUAUUUAUAAGCGCAUAAUUUUACGUGGCAUAGCCCAGGUCAUCUCGUGCAUCCUGAUCUUAAAACGUAGAUAAUCCAAUACCUACUUUCGUGACGCGCAUUGUAAUUAUCUUUUAUAAUAAGCAAAAGUCAAAAGGCUAUCGUCUAAUAAUAAUUAAGUUGAAUUAAAUGAUUGCGAAAGUAUGUUUAAAAUUAAAUUUUACCGUGUCGUUUCUAGAUAUCUACGAUUUUAAUAUAGUAUUAAAAGAUUAUAAGAUUUUUAUAAUAAUAGUUAAGUAUUAUCUUUAUAUGGGUACAAGGUGUUAAAUUUAACUAUGUAUUUCAUUUAAUUUAAACACAAUUAACUAAUUAUUCAUAUAAACAUGAAUAAACUUUAUCAGUUAAAGAUAAUAAAUAAGUAUCUAUAGCA